AUGGACCCACAAAUACAACUAACCCCACAUGCAAUCCUCUCCAUUAAUGCCGGCGAUGACGUCCCAUCUCCAAUACUUCAACUUUUGUCUUUCAAAAAAUUGAUAGACAAUGAAGAUGACAAUGCUCGGUAUAGGCUCGUUUUAUCUGAUGGUACGCACAUGCAAUUGUCAAUCCUGCCACCAAAGUAUAGUGAACUGCUGCUUUCAGACACAUUAAAGAUAGGUUAUGUGCUAUCAUUGAUAGCUUAUGCUUGUAGAACUGUUUGGAACUCGAGGGUUAUAAUAACAUUCAAGCUUGCUGUCAAAUUUACAAAUUCACCAUUACUCGGAAAACCUAGAUACCUGCUUAAAGAGAAAGAACAAGAAAUGUUCACUCGCGAUCCAGCUCCUGCAGCUAGACGUUCCCUUAAGCUUGAGAUACACGUCCCACCUGCACAACAAGAAACCUUUCAUAAUAUCAGCACGAUAAAAGCUUUGAUUCCCUUCCAAAAUAAAUGGGCAAUAAAAGGUCGUGUAAUAAACAAGAGGAAAAUGCAUCAGUAUAAUACACCAAAAUCCUCUGGGCAAGUGUUUAACUUUGACAUGAUAGAUGUUGAAGGUACUGAAAUUAGAAUAACGUGUUUUGGUGAUAUAGUUGAGAUGCAUUAUCAUAGGGUUGAACCAGGAUCAUAUUAUUAUCUGUCGAAAGGUUCCAUUAAGGAAGCCAACACAAAAUGGAAUAAAGUUAACAUUCAUCUUGAGAUUACUUUGGACCACAAUUCAAUAUUAAAGCAUUGUGAUCCGCCUGUUGAUGGUGAAGGUAGUGCUUCUCGAUUCACACCAAUCAAUGAACUUACAAACUGCAGCAACAUCACUUUAGUCGAUGUCAUUGGUGUUGUCGUUGAUGUUAAAGAUCCUGCAGUAAUAUCUAGAAAAGAUGGAACCAAAGUGAAAAAAAGGGUUGUUAAAAUAAAUGAUAUGUCGACUUUUACUGUUGAUGUUAAUUUAUGGGGGGUAGCUUGGGAACAAUUAGGUGAAGAUCUCAAGAAUAUGCAUGUAGCUCAAACAGUUGUCAUCCUUGAGGUCACUAAUGCACGUGUUGGCUAUUUCAAUGGAAAGGUGAUCAACACAACCACAACAACCACUCUGAAAAUAAAUCCUUCUACACCAGAGGUAGAUGCACUUAUCUCAAGAGGAAACAUUCCAGCUGACCUUUUGCCACUCUCGUGUUGCUGGUCAACUAAAUUGCCAAUACAGUAG